ACAACCGCCCAGAUCUACGACCACCACAUGGCCCUACGCGUUCCUCAGCACUUUACAAGCUCUCAUGAUUGCUUCACCUUCGGGAUGUUUCCCUUCAUAGCAUUGCUCCUUAUUGCCCUGUUUGCCAACAAUUUUGCUCUUGUCCAGGGUGUAUGGGGAUUACAUCCAUGGGGGCUAUCAGUUACUCAGCAACUUGAAUAUACUCUCUCAGAUGACUAUCCUUCGAAAGAUGCUCAGUCGAUAUUCAACAUCUCAUCUUCGCACGAGGAUGAUACUGGUCCAAUUCCAUCGUCCAAGUUGAUGUAUGAUGGCAUCCGUGCAGUACCUACUAGUGUUUAUAGACCUCGAUCCGUCGACUCCUUCCUCCAUGCUCGCUUACGUUCAUUCCGACAGUCGGAAAGCGAGCUGGUUGAAUGGGAGGAAAUCCAGACGUUUGCUCCAGAUGUACAGGAUCGUUAUACCCUUUCUCAACUAGCACGCAUGACAGGAAAUGCGUAUGCCUUGCCUGGUCAGAAGAAUUGGUACGAGAUAGAUGAAGCUUGGAACAUCAGCUUCCCUUUUGGCUGGGAGGAUACGGCAAAUGGAUUCCGAGGCCACGUAUUCCUUUCCCCUGAUAAUUCGACAGUGGUGCUCAGCAUCAAGGGUACCACUCUUCAAGGCCCAACCUCGAAGAAGGACAAAUUCAACGACAACCUUUUAUUCUCCUGCUGCUGUGCACGCGUAGAUCUUUCCUGGAUAUUUAGCACCGUAUGCGAUUGCUAUGCAAACCGUUGGAGGUGCGAUGAUACCUGUUUGAGCAAUGCCCUCGUAGAGGAUAGCUUGUUCUACAAUGUUGGAGUGGACCUAGUCACCAAUCUCACAGCUAUCUAUCCAACCUCGACCAUAUGGCUCAUAGGCCAUUCACUCGGAGGCGGGCUUGCUUCACUUCUGGGGACCACCUUUGGUUACCCCGCAGUCGCCUUUGAAGCACCAGGCGAACGCCUCGCAGCUCAACGUCUACACUUACCACUUCCUCCAUCUUCCAUAUCACUUACAGAGCCCUAUUCACCCUCCUUCGGUUCGGCCCCCGUUACCCAUGUAUACCACAACGCGGAUCCUAUACCCCAGGGAGCGUGUACUGGAAUCGGAUCGCCUUGUACUUCGGCCGGUUUUGCCCUUGAGAGUCGGUGUCACUUGGGCAAGACGAUUGUGUUUGAUACUGUGGAGAGGCUCAAUUGGAAGGUAGAUGUCAGGAGGCAUCCGAUCAAAGAGGUCAUUCUUAACGUAUUAGAGAAGGACAUGGAGUAUGGUUGGGAUGACCAUGGUCGGGACGUCCCUAUUGCGGAGGUAGAAGAAGACUGCGUUGAUUGCUACAAAUGGGAGUUUGGUAACUACAAGAAUAAGUGGACCAAGGACUUUGCAAUCGACGUUUCGUAAACGGGAGACGGUGCCACUGUAUAUUAAAAGUAGGAUCAUUCAUUUGUACUUCUAUAUGUAUGUAUAUCCCGACACAUCUAGAUGCACUCUGUAUACUAUUAGCAACACCAACCAUCAUCCAUCCGAGUUUCCAAUAUAGACCGCAUUCAAAUC